AUGUGGCUAUAUACUUUGGCUAUUGCUCUGGUUGUGAUUGCGCAUGAGGUGAACGGAGAGCCACAUACGCGUCCAUCCUCAGCGACGCCGCUCAACUCAACAUUACCCCCUCAAGAAGAAAAUUCAUCACAUAAUGAAACCGAGUCAGCGGUGGGAUCGCGUAUUUCUACUAUUCUAAGGGAUCUUCCUACCAUCAAAAGCAUUUCGAUUUUCAUCUGCGUAUUAACAGUCUUGCUAAUCACGUGCCUUGUCAUAAAAAUAUGCAGAUCGGCAAAGAAGAUCAGAAAAACGCGAAAGUAUGACAUCAUCACAACUCCUGCUGAGCGUGUGGAGAUGGCACCUUUAAAUGAAGAAAAUGACGAAGACGACGACUCGACCCUGUUCGAUAUCAAGUACAGGUGAAUUACAUUCUGCGCUCCGAGUCAUUGUUGAAGAUCGCUUUUACCCCCCCUGGAUACCUCUGUGUGAACACAUCUAUACAGGAAUUGUGCUCGGCUUGAAUCUUCAGUAGAAGCAAUGUUUUGUUUAUGUAUUAAUAUGUUUUGACAUUCCAAACCAGCAUGAAAUCUGAUGUUUUAUGGAAGCUUUUCUGUAGAAAGCACAUAAAGUUAAUCAAAGAGUAGGAGUUCUUUUGCUUCAAAAAAGGGAGACACUAAAGUUAAUCCUCCAAAAAUUUAUUAUUGCUUUAAUUAUUGCACAACAUUUCAUGUUUUUCCUUUUGCUCCAAAAACAUUCCAGGUAAUUCAAUAUAAUAUAUUCAACAUUGGCCUUGAAUGUAUCAGGCAGCUUGAAGAUUUCUGUUAGAGUAUAUCACACUAAAGCUAUUUUGAGUCAUAUCUUUGAAAUGUAAUCAAUAUAAUUCCAGACAAUAAUUCUAAUUAUCGAUUAAAAAAUUCUACACAUAGCUUACUUUAAGUGAUUUAGCUGUGCUUGAAUCAGCUCAAAGUUUCAAACGAAAUGAAUAUAGAUAUAUUUGUUAUGGACAGAGAUUAUUAUUUUUUUUUUCCCUGAAUCUGACGAUGUUAAAUGGAUUUUUAUGUUCCAAUACUGAAACUGUCUUUAUUAUAUAUACUAUUGUCUGUAAAUACUGUAUGCAAAUUAUUCCUCUGAAAUAGUUAUAUUUUUUAGACAGAAAAAGGCAUAUUUUGAUUUAAUAAGAGUAAUAUGUUUCAAACCUCCCUAUAUUUUGAGAACUAUUAAUCUACUAACCACUAAUUGUGCAUAUUUACUGUAUAAGGGUUGAAUGUAUGUGUGAGAGAGGAUGUGUGUGGAGUUUGGAGAAUAUUGUUGCCGUAUUGCUGCUCUGACGUUGGGGGUUGUUUUUUAUUGCAUCGCAUAUGCACACCUCCUUUUUUAGUUUAGUGGGUUUUACAGUGGAAAACUGCAGUGCCACACAUCAUGAAGGGUUUAAAUGCAUAUAUAGCUAUCAUAUCAGAAAUAUUCAAUUAUAUUUCCCAGGUUUAGAGCAGCAUUGAAAGAAUAUCUUAUAGCUACAGUGAUAUAUUGUAAUAUGUGACUUUUCCUUAAAACUUCUCGGUGCUCCUACUAGAUGUUAAUGUGAAGGACUUAUGUUCAACAUCUAAGGGCCAAUAAGAAUGUUUAUUGAAUUAUAAAUUGUUUAUGAUGUAGCUGUUAUUGUCUGACUAGAAACUGAAGUAUGUGAUUCUCUCUCCUUCUGUUCUACUCUAAAUGUUUCCAACUUCCUUAUGUUUUUCAUACAAAUCUGAAUGGAGAGGAAUGGGAAGUUACAAGUAUUAAAUGCGAGCUAUUGCUGACGGCUGUAAAACUGCACUGUUAACAUGAAGUGUUUUUUCUUGUCUGGGGUGUUUUUUUUUUUUUCUUCCUUUGGCAUUUUGUGAUAAUUGAACAUGUCUUAAAAUACAUGCUUUAACUUUUUUUCUGGUUUUGUCUCAACAUGCUUGCUAGUCUAAACACUGAAAAAAAAAAAGAA